AUGAACUAUCUAAGGGUAGUGGUUGUUGUGUUCCUGUUAGGCCCGUACCUGAUUAUGUUGGGCAGAGGAGCUUCAGGUAAUCAGAUAUCUGCAAGGAGAGUCAUUAAUCUUGCACACAGACAGUCCGCAUGGACUCCCAUAUUACAGACAAGCGCAAAUCUCAGUGACAUCAGAAGCAUCAGAUCUUUCUUUGAGUUCCGGACUCUCGACCCAGAAGGGACCAUCUUCUACGGAGACACCAAGGAAGGAAAGGACUGGUUUGUGCUUGCACUACGUGAUGGCAUACCUGAAAUGCAGAUUGGGAAAGCAGACAUAUUAGUCAGCAUAAAAGGAGGCCGUCGACUCAACGAUGGGGCCUGGCACUUGCUGGAAUUGCGCAGUGAGGGUAAAUUUGUGGUGUUGGAGGUCAACAACAAUCCAGAGCUUGUAGUCGGACUCCGUUCUGAACUGACAGAGGAUGAACUAACAGGAAAGAUACGUCUGGGUCUUGGCGGCAUGUUGGUGGACAAACAAAAGCUCUUCAAUCCAUUUCAGCCAGAUAUGGAUGCUUGUGUAAGAGGAGGACAUUGGCUAAAUCUCAGCACUCUCUGGGAUACAGACCCAACAUGGGAUCCCCGACCCUGCUUCUCUGAGAUUAAGAGAGGCAGUUACUUUCCAGGAACUGGGAUGGUUACGUUUAAUACAUCUGAUCUUCCUGGAGUUAAGACAGAGGAGGCUGGUAUCACAAUACAGAUCUUCGGAUCUUGGACUGGGACUUUGCUGAGUCUUCAAAGCACAGACUUUGAGUAUGUUUUGGGAGAGUUGGAUGAACAUACCGAUGUUAAGGUUCAGAUGGGCCUGAAAGAGGGAUCGGAAACCGCUGCCCUUCCCCGUGAACCUGCAGCACUUACUUUCAACAUACUAAAACACUCACUUGUGGUAAACAGCAAACCAGACCGUGAAACGGAAAGUCUGGACUUUUUCUCCAUGUGGAAAAAGGGGAUGUUACUGACUUUUGGAGGAGUGCCAGGUGAAAGUGAGGAUGCAAAACGUUCACACCACCUGCGUGGUUGUUUGGAGAAAAUCCUUGUCCAGGAGCAGGUUAUUGAUCUUGAUCAGGCUUUAUACAAACACUCAACGGUGUCAUCCCAUAGCUGUCCUACAGAAGCAAUGAAUGAACUCACUUAACACAGAUGCCUUGGCAAUCAUCCUAGCGGACUAAAAUCCACUGCAGUCCACAUCUCAAAUAUGCAGACUUAUUUAAAAUGCUCAAUCAUCAGUAGACCUAAAACCUCCGAAAACGUUUGUUUGGGCUGUCUAGUUAGAGUUUUACAUAUCACAUAUUGAGCAAUAAAAAACUUUUGAAAUGAAC